CGAAGGGAAACCAUCAAAGACAAGGCAAGGUUUCUGCCACCAACAGUUUAUGUCAAUGAACAAAACUAUACAAAAGUGCAUUUCAGCACUGACGAGGAAAUAGAUUCGAGCAGUACAAAAAGAUCUGGCGAAGUAGUAGAGGAACGAGAUUGAUCAUGCGCCUGAUGUCAGUCAGAUCUUAAAAUUCGUGCCAGUAUUGAGAGCGGGUGACAAAUUUGUUAGUUGGAGGCGCGACUUAUAGGUUACAUCGCAACAGAGAGGAAAUCUUAAAAAUUAGUUUUGUUGCACAGCGCUGCACGUUCUCAACUCGCUUUAGUAGGUCAAUUGACUGUGGCGACCAUAUUUGGGUUGCGUAGCCGAGGUGGCACGGGACGAUAAAAAGAUAGAGUGUGCGACGCGUUUGGGUGCCCAGAAGCUCAGCGCACAAAGCCAAGGAGUUUCGUAGCUUUCGCACACUGUUCAAUCGCUUGUCUGCCCUAGGUAAGGUAGCUUGACACCCAGACAAGAGAAAGACCUUGUCUUGAACGAUGGCUUCACACACAUAUAUUUUCUAACGUUGGAUGCACUGUAAUUGGCUAGUCUAUGGUGGUCUUCGUGUCUAAUAAUUUUAUGUAUAUCAGCAUUUUCUAGUUAGGCGAAGCUAAAUAAAAUAGAUGACACCUUUGUGGAUGAUUGUUCUGUGACUGUUUUACGUGGCCGUUGGUGACGCCCGACGUCCACCAUAAUUAGAUUAACUAUGAGACAGACUCGGACGCCGAUCUCUUUUAUAAUAAGGACGGGGUCAGAAUGCCAAUGUUACCAGAUCUGGACGACAACACUACGUACGUACUUCGCAAGGAAGGCACAUGA